AUGGCCUCGCAACGCAAACCAAGGACCGAGUGGGCACCGUGCUUUGAAGCGACGCUAUCCGCGCAGGCGGCGUUUUUUGGAGCGGCGCACGCGACCACGCUUCAGACCCGGCUGCGGUUUGCCACUGCGCUGGCCAUCAACAACGACCCGAGCGGGUCCUUAGCCAUCAAUUUGGAGACAUUGGACCUCGAGCGGCACGCGUACGGCCUCAACGACAAGCGCACGGUGGGCACGCUGCGCUCGAUUGGCGCCAACUACCUUCAGCUACACCAGCUUCGCGUCGGCGCUCGGUACCUGCGACGUGCGCUGGCUUUCCACGAAUCGCAUUAUGGAGACGACCACCCGAUUACAAUAGCGACGGCCGUACACCUUGUCGGGGUCCUGAACCACUCGGGCCACGCCAAGGAGGCGUUGCCGAUGGUGGCGCGACUGGCCGCCUCGAACAAACGCAUGUUUGGGCCCGGGCACACGAACACGAUUCGCUUCAACCUUAACCUUGCCACGGCGGAGCUCAUGGCCGGCAACAUCCUUGAAGCCAAGACGCAGCUCAUUGAGCUGGAAAUGCACGUGUACUUGGCCGUCGCCCACUGGGCGCAGUGCAACUACGACGAAGCGGCCAAGUACUUCGCGCGCGCCUUGGACGACAUUCCGAGCAAGACAAGCGCGUGGCUUCUCUUCAUGUUUGCCGCCGACGCCCCCCGGGUGCCUACUGUCAACGCGGCACUGCAGCGCGCCCGCAGCUAUCUCGCAUCGACGGACGACACGGCACCCGAGACGUGGCCCGUCACGUGCUUGGCGUGCUGCAUGCCGAUCGUCGGGCGCCGCGUCGUCUGUUCAGCGUGCCCCAACGGCCUCUACCGGUUCUGCACCGGGUGCGUCGAUCGCCGGUACCGGCGUGUUCAGCAAUUUUGCACCCACGACCCGAGUGCCACUGCGUUCAAGACGACGCUGCCGCCGAAGCGCUUCUUUUUCGAGGCAGAUCUUGGCGCGUCCGACGCAGCCUACGACGAGGUAGAUGGCCUCUACGGCGCAUACGAGACGUACUGCGAUACACACAGCGUUCCGCGCCACGAGCGACUGCUGCGGACGUCGGUUCCGAUCUUGAACCGGAGUUGGCACCCGAUGGUUUAAGCCACCACUGAGUACUUGGAUAUGCUUUCUAUACAUGCCAAC